CAAUACAAAAUCACAAUCUACUAAACUUUCGAACAGCGUUUUGGCAGAAUCUCCGCCAAGUAUCACAAAAUUUCCUCCCAUCUUUUCAAACAUUCAAUUUCCCUCAAAGAAGCUCUCUAUAAGAACAAGAAACAAUCGAAUUCGAAAUCCGAUCCACCAGAAAAAGAAAAACCCUAAGUACAACGGAGAAAGAAGAAACAGAAUGAAAGCUUCCCUAAAGUUCAGGGAGGAACAAAAGAAGCCACUGUUGAGGGCGAAAGUGCCACUAAGCAUCAUAGGAAUGCCCUUCCAAUCGGGAAUAGUAGCGGGUGAGUCCAAAGAACUGAGUCUGAAUCUGGCCACAUUCUUCGACUCAGGACCCUCACUUAAAGUCGCUUAUCGACCCAACGACUCUCGAAACCCCUUUUCCCUCAUCGUUAAAACCGGAACCGGACCCUUCGGUUCCCCUCUUAAAAGCUCUAUGCUUAUGAGUUGCGAGUUCAACUUACCCGGUCGAACCGGUGGCCCGCUCUUCAUGCUUCACUUCAAACCACGCUUUGGGGAUUUCACGUUCAAGAAAACGCAGUCUUCGAUUUUCGAUGGCAAAGGGUUUGCGUCACGAAACGCCUCAAACGACGACGUUUCGGUUCAGGUCAUGGAUUCGCCGCUGAUUGAGGGUUCCUUCGCGGGCGCAAAGGUUCCGAUGCUGGGAGCCGACUCUCCCGCCGCCGGCGCUGUUGCGAGUCUGUUCUCCGGUGUGGAAGUUGCCGCAAGGACCACGAUUCCGGUCAGGGGUCGUGCGGCGGUGAAGUUCCGGUGGGGCGUUAGGGUUCCGGCAGAGAUGAAGGGGAACGCGUUCCAGAGGAUUCCGUUUCUGGUGAUGGAUAAGAUCGGAGUGGAGCAUAUGAUGGAGUGCGGUGGCGAUUUGAAGAAGGGGAAGGCUGUCGCCGGAGCGGGAGCGGGUUUGGGGUUUCCGGCGAGUACUGACGUGGCGGAGGCGUGUUUCGCGGUGAAGAGGCAGAUGGAGGUUCUGCAGGCGGAGAACGGGUUGCUGAGGAACGCCGUGGAGGAUCUCCGGCGAGAAAUUUGCGGUGUCCGAACCGGAGGUUCGGGUUCGGAGUUAGUUAAAUACAGGGAAUUUGAGAGGAAUGGGGGAAAAGGGAAAAACCCUAAUGUGAGAAAGAACGAGAAAAAAACGACGUCGGAUUAUAAUAGUUUUCCGGGUAAAUCGACUGAGGCUGAAGCGAGUGAUGAGUUGAAGAAAGCGUUGAUGGGAGCGACUCCUGUUGCUUAACGGUGCCUUUUUUUUUAGCAUAUUGUUUAUAGUACUUGUAUUUUUGGCUUGGGAUAGAAUUGUGUUUUUUUUUCCCGUGACAGAUUUUUAGUUUCAAUUUUGAUACUGCGAAUUUUCCUUCUUAAUUGUUUUAUAUAGUAUGGCUAUGAUGAUAUUAUAUGUAUGCUGUUUUGCUUGGUUCAUCAUGGGACGCUUGUUCUUGUAUUCAACUUUUCAAGCUAUGAAUGAAGGAUCACAAAAUAAGCAGGUUUAAUUUCUGCAUUGGUUUUGAGUUUUUUAGUUGAUAGAACGAAAUUGGCACCAAAUU